CAGCGUGCAUGUGGAACCCACACUUUUGAUAGAAAAACUUUAAUUUUCCCUUUUUACUUUUAUUAAAAAAAAAUAAAUGUCAAAACAAGUCCAUUCAGCCAAAUUAAUAUGGCGCGAUCUACGAGUGGGUCCCAAAGAACUUCACCUUGACACAUUAAAGUGCGGUCAGUCUUUUCGUUGGCGCAAUGUGAACGAUCUAUGGUCAUGUGUAUUGAAUGGCAAACUGUAUACUUUAAAGCAAACACCAUCCACCGUUCUUUACGGAAUACUUCCCGAAGAAGAAGAAGAAGAAAAGACCGCCACGAUGAUGGAAUCCACCUUACGAGACUAUUUUCAACUGGAUCGAGUGGUGUCAUUGGAAUCGCAUUAUCAACGCUGGAGCCAACUGGACGUCAACUUUAAAGACAAAUCCAUCCAUUUCCAAGGCAUUCGGAUCUUGCGUCAAGAUCCAUGGGAAAACCUAGUGUCGUUUAUCUGUUCGAGUAACAAUAAUAUUGCACGCAUAUCACAAAUGGUCGGCAAACUCUGCACACACUAUGGACCUUAUAUUGCGACCUUGGAUGGUGUGGAUCAUUAUGAUUUCCCGGCAGUCCAUGUUUUGGCAGCAGCAGGAGCAGCAGCAGCAAAGAAGAGUAGUAUUGAGGAACAACUGAGACAGUUGGGAUUCGGCUAUCGUGCAAAGUAUAUUGCUCAGACAGCCAAACAGAUUCAACACGAUUAUCCGCCUAAUUGGUUGUCCAGUUUGCGGAAUGUGUCUUACCCAGAAGCAAAGCAAGCGUUGGUCUCCUUGGCUGGUGUGGGUCCCAAAGUAGCUGAUUGCGUGUGCUUGAUGUCGCUCGAUCAUCCUGAAGCAAUUCCCGUGGACACGCAUGUGUGGCAAAUUGCAUUACGCGACUAUGGAUUUGGUAACAACAACAAGGCCAAAACGUUGACUUUGAAGCUGUAUGAUCAAGUAGGGGAUCACUUUCGAUCGUUGUUUGGUGAAUACAGUGGUUGGGCGCAUUCGGUUUGUAUUGUUUUUUUGUUUAUCUUUUAAAUUUUCUCACACACACUACUUUUACGCCCCCCUCGAAGCUGAUUAGAGAAAAAAAAAACAAAUUUUAGGUACUGUUUACAGCUGAUUUGCGUUCUUUUGGAGAUCGGUUGAGCGUUGUUAAGAAAGAAGAAAAAAAGAUCAAGGUGGAAACGACGGGGGUUUUACCACAAGAUGGGACUGAUAUUACAAAGGAUGACAAUGUCAAGGAAGAGGAAGAGGAGAUUACUAGUGUGAAAACAAAAGAGGAAUCAGUAGUAGUAAAGAAAAGAGCUAGCAGUAGUGGCAACAGUAGUACUAGGAAACGAGCAAGAGAACAAGAGCAAGCAAUAGAAAAAGAGGUGGAAGUAAAAACAACAGUACGUAAAAGUACACGUUUCAAAAAAAAAAACCUUUGUAAAUAAAUAACCCACAUAUCGACAUCCAUCAAAGAACACUACAUCAGUGCUUUGCUCAGGGAAGAGCGG